ACGUCAGCGCUCUGACUUCCUCCCGUCGCCGUCUGUGAUUGGCUCCUGGGCUUACAAGAAACACGUGAAUGAACAGCUGCCGUUGGCAGAAACUUGCUGGAGGUCUUUGGGUGGUAUCGCCCUCUCCUCCUUGUCAACCCACAGGCGAGCCGAGCCGGGGGAGGAUGAGGUCGUCCUGUGUCCUGCUCACCGCCCUGGUGGCGCUGGCCGCCUAUUACGUCUACAUCCCGCUGCCCAGCUCGGUGUCCGAUCCCUGGAAGCUGAUGCUGCUGGACGCGACUUUCCGGGGCGCACAGCAAGUGAGUAACCUGAUACACUCCCUGGGACUGAGCCAUCACCUGAUUGCACUGAAUUUUAUCAUCGUUUCUUUUGGAAAGAAAAGCGCAUGGUCCUCUGCCCAAGUGAAGGUGACCGACACUGACUUUGAUGGGGUGGAAGUCAGAGUAUUUGAAGGCUCUCCAAAGCCAGAGGAGCCUCUGAGACGCAGCGUCAUUUACAUCCACGGAGGAGGCUGGGCGUUGGCCAGUGCAAAAAUCAGGUAUUAUGAUGAGCUGUGCACAGCAAUGGCUGAGGAAUUGAAUGCUGUCAUUGUCUCCAUUGAAUACAGACUAGUCCCACAGGUGUAUUUUCCUGAGCAAAUUCAUGAUGUCAUCCGUGCCACAAAGUACUUCCUGCAGCCAGAAGUCUUACAGAAGUACAAGGUUGACCCAGACAGAAUUGGCAUUUCUGGUGACAGUGCUGGUGGAAAUUUGGCUGCUGCUCUUGGACAGCAGUUUGCUCAAGAUGCCAACCUAAGAAAUAAGCUCAAACUGCAAGCUUUAAUCUACCCGGUCCUCCAAGCUUUAGAUUUUAACACACCCUCUUAUCAGCAAAACGUGAACACGCCCAUCCUGCCCCGCUACGUCAUGGUAAAGUACUGGGUGGACUACUUCAAAGGCAACUAUGACUUUGUGCAGGCCAUGAUAGUUAACAAUCACACUUCGCUUGACGUGGAAGAAGCCGUCGCCCUCAGGGCCCGUCUUAACUGGACGUCCCUCUUGCCUGCAUCCAUCACAAAGAACUACCAGCCUGUCCUGCAGACCACAGGCAAUGCCAGGAUCGUCCAGGAGAUCCCUCAGUUGCUGGAUGCCCGUUCUUCCCCACUCAUUGCAGACCAGGAAGUGCUUCAGCACCUCCCCAAAACCUACAUUCUGACCUGUGAGCACGAUGUCCUGAGAGACGACGGGGUCAUGUAUGCCAAGCGUUUGGAGAGCGCGGGUGUGGAGGUGACCCUCGACCACUUUGAGGAUGGCUUUCACGGGUGCAUGAUUUUCACAAGCUGGCCCACCAACUUCUCAGUGGGAAUCCGGACUAGGGAGAGUUACAUCAAGUGGCUGGAUCAAAACCUGUAAAGAAGUCAAACUUCUGGAAGACCCAAGCCCCUCCUGACCUCCUGCACCUGCUUUGGAAAGACAUGUACUUUUCAGUCACCUAAUCUCCUCCCUCUUGUUACUUGUGAGUUUUAGAAUCUCGGUUCCCUGCAGAUUCUGUGAUAAUCUAAUUUUAAAAACUGAGUCUGACUAACUUAAGUACAAAAACAUCAGAGUUUGGUACCCAAAGUGGGCCCUUCUCUCUCUUCUUUAUUUUCAUCAACUACUGUUAAUAUCCACAGCUGCAGAGAGUGGGACUAGGAGCCGGAAACUGCCUUGGGUCCCGCCUUCCUCAAGAUGCUCUUUUGAGAAAUUUAUCAGUUGUGGAUUAUAAAAAAAUGACUUCUGAUGAGUUAAGAAAAUGUAAGCUCUUCCUCAACUUGCUAGAGUUUACUCUGGGUUCAAAGCAGUGUUACCCGUGUGCACUUUCAGGUCAGUGCUGGGGGGUCAAGUGCUCUCCAUUCUCUGUGGAUGGUUUUGUUUCCUAUGGGAAUUUUGACAAAGGAUUUCUAGCAAGACAAGUUUCUCAAAGGAGUUUCUUUCUGUAGUGUUCAUUUUAUGAGAUCGCUAUCUCUAUGUCCAGCUGGCUUGAAAUGAUACUUGAAGUUACUUUCUACAACUAUUCAUAGAAAAUAUGAAGUUGCAUGCACUGGAUAGCGACACCUUGUUAAGCUUUCACUGUUUGGAAAAUCUUUUGGGAACAAAUUUAUUUAGAUUUAGAAUAAAUUUCCUAUUAUGAAAUAAGUUAAAACAGACAAAUGAAACAACCUACUGUUUCAUUAAAAAUUGGGGCAUAAAUUACUAAGAGCAGUGUGUAUAUAUUUGGUAUAGUCAGAAAACAAAAUACAUUUACUAUUAGUUUAACAUUAUGAAAAAUACCUUUAGAAGGUCUAGUCCAUUCUUGAGAACUCAACUUUUUCACUUAUAUGGCUUUAAAAUGGGACUAUUUUGGUAUAAUACAAUGUAUUGUUUAUUUUUUUAAGUUAUUUAAUGUUGAUAUAUAUAGCUAGAUUUAGGGUUUUUCUGAAAGACAUCUGUAAUAAAUAUUAAAAGGAAUGGUAUUUUUAAAAAAUACUACCUUAGAGUUCUAUCCAUAUGUAAUUUUAUGGAAAGAGAUAAAAUAACAAUCAAUAGUACUAUAUAUUAGGAGAAAAUAUUUUGAUAUUUAUAAGCAUAUAAAAUUAAAAUAAUUAGAAAUUCUGACUGCACCUAGUAAAGUCCUCUAAAUUCAUAAAGUUGAGCAUCCCUAAUCUGAAAUCUGAAAUGCUCCAAAAUCCAAAACUUGACUGCUGAUGUGAAGCUUCACGUAGAAAAUUCCACAUCCUGAAAGUUUGUUUCAUGCACAAAUGUGUUAAAAAUAUUGUAUAAAGUGGCCUUUGGGAUAUGUUAAUUUCUUGUUUGGAUUUGGGUCCCAUCCCCAAGAUAUCUCAUAAUAUAGAUGCAGAUAUUCUGAAAUCUAAAAAAAUAUAAAGUCCUUUCAAGCCCCUUCCCAUCCCAGGCAUUUCAGAUAAGGGACGCUCCACCUGUAGUUCACUAGUUUAGACAGGACACGCACUGCUCAUCUUCUCCUUUACAGUCAGAGGAACCCCCGCUCAUAGUCUUCUGGGCGAAGGGCAGACAUUGGCACCUGGUGCCUGCACCCCUCAUUUUCUCCUUCUAGCCAGGUCUAGAAGGUCCACCAGCCCGAGCUUAUCUUGACGUAAAUCUUCACUGCCAGCAGGGGCAUCUGUGGCACAGCAAGAAACUUGAAAUCUGAUUCGAGUGAGCACCCUGCCCUCCUUCCUGCCAGCCCUGCUUCUGCCCCAAUCCAUGAUACUUCUAGGGACUGCAGAGAGCAGCAGCUGAGUAAGGAUGCAACGCACUGUGGAAAGAAAGUAGAGCCUUCUCACACGGGGGGAUGGGUAUGUCUCUCCUCCAGCAAUGAGAUAACCAGUGGAGAUUUGCAUACUUGUUUUUAAUUUAUUGUAAGAGCCAGUAGCAUUUUAUGUACAAAACACAAGUUAAUGCAACAGUGUGUGUAUGUGUGUAUGCCUGUGUGUAUAUAAAAAAUAAUCAAACAAGCUACCUUGCUAAGGUACUUAGGUGAGUCACUUACCAUCUCUGGGCCUCUCUUCCCUAUAAAAUCAGAGAGCUGACUUACUGGAUCCUUGAAGUCUUUUCUGGCUAAAAAUCCAACCAGUUUUUCAGAUUGGACAAACUGUAUUGACCUAUGGUGAUUUGUGGGGGUGGGGAGGUCAUAAUUUCAUACUCAGAUACAUGCAUCAUCAAAGAUAUAUUUUUCUUAAAAACUGAGAUUUUAGUUCUCACUCUAUGGUAGUUACCAUCCUCAUAUAAUGUUUUAAUAAUUUUUAUUUUUAUUUUUGUGGGCCCAGUAUCCAUCCUAGGACCUUGCUCAUGCUAGGCAAGCAUUCUACCACUGAGUUGCACCACAACCCCAUUACUGUUUUAUUUAUUUUGUUACCAUUUGAAAGUAGACUUUAUUUUGAAUUUUUCUACUUCUAAGAAAAAAAAAUAUGAUACAUGCACAGAGUUCCUUAAAAUGACACUUUCCCCCCAGAUUGU